UGGACAAGGCGAGUAGCCAAUGGGAGAUCUCGGGAGAGCGUCUUCCUCCACCUCCACCUCCUCCUCGUCGCCGCCGUCUCCUCGAUGCCCGCCCAUUGCUUUUCCAGCCCCGUUACCGUGGAAUCGGCUGUAAAUAUCCCGGGACGCGGUGGCGGUAGAGCGGCUCGUGGAAGGGGCUGGAGGGCCUAGAAGAGGCAGACAGAAACAUGCCUUUGGAAUGACAAUUACUGAUUGCCAAACUGAAAGCCAGCGGCCCUUCUUCUGAAUGUAGGGUAAUGAUGAAUUGGCAAGAAGCCAGCAGUUCUGCCAGUGACUGUGCAAGCCUCCCUCCGGCAAAAUGAAUAUUCCUUGAUGAAAGGCUGGGAAUAUUCCUUUUAUUUAGAAUGGGGGAGAGAGGAAGGAGUUUGGAUUCCGAACAUUACAGAAAAUCGGACAGUGAUAAAAGCAGUAAUUCGUAUUAUUCUGACGAUGAUUCAUCUCAUUCCUCUGACCAUUUACCAACCAUUAGCACCCAGUCUACAAAUACUGGAGGAAAAAACAGUAAAACACAGCAUUUGAAAAGCCUUGCACAUUACCAAGCCACCAAGCAGAUUGCCUCAAAGUAUGCACCCAGUAAAAGAGGGAGCCACUGGGGUUUUCGUUCCCAGAGUCUCAACAGGGAUUCUCCUAGCCAAGAUAUCAGUCUAGUUACAAAACGAGUGCUUUCUGCCAGGCUGCUGAAAAUUAAGGAGCUUCGAAAUGAACUAACUGAACUGCACGUCAAACUUGAUGAGCUGCAGAAAGAAAAUGGGGUGCUCAAGCGACUGCAGUACAGACAUGAGAAGGCUCUCCAUAAGUUUGAAGACACUGAAAAUGAAAUCUCUAAACUCCUGGCACAGCAUAAUGAUGAGAUGCGGGUACUAAGGGAGCGCUUAAGAAAGUCUCAAGAAAAAGAGCAAACCACCGAGAGAAAGCUAAGGGCUUCGGAGGAUGAGCUCUACAAGGUCAAAGGCAGCUUACAAAAACUGAGAAGGCUUGCUGAAGACCGACACCUCCCUGAACGUGAUGAGCUGGCUAGGAAGCUAGCUUUGGCAGAAAGCAGACUGGAUGACAGUGAAAAGAGAAUAAAGGACUUGGAGAGGAACCUUGAGCUCAGUAAUAGCAGUUUUCAGAGACAACUGCAUUCAGAAAAAAAGAAACUGCAUGAAGUGCAGGAAGAAAAUAAAGUAUAUCAAGAGGAAGUGCAACGACUUAACCAAAAAUUAAAGGAGAAAGAGAAGGAACUAGAUGCAAAAAAUAUUUAUGCUAAUCGAAUGUCAAAAGUUUCACCCAAAAAAGAUCCUGAUAUUACACCAAGGAAAAAAGGUGUAAAUAAGAAUGUUAAAAGAGAAAUACAGAUAACGAAAGGAGUACAGACCACUGGAUACUUUUCCCCAAUAGAGUUUCCUUUGCCACCAGACUUCAUUACUGAUGAAAUUCCAGAGGAAAAGGAAAAUGAUGCACAUCUUGUAACGGAACAAAUAGUUGAAAAAGACUGGAAUGGACAAGCAGAACAUUUCCAACAGGAAGAGAACAGUGAAAGAGAAGAGCAACUGAAGAGUGAUCAAGAGCUUCAGGUUUUGGAAGAGGGAGCCAAGAAACUAAAAUAUGAAUGGGAGAAAGAAGAAUUUGAGAGAAAGAAGAAAGAAGAUGGUAUUUUGCUGGAAAAGGACGAAAAAGGAAAGAUGGAGACAGAACUACAUAAUCUGGAAAAUGGAACACAAAAUAGUGAUAUUGCAGAAGCAGAAAGACAGAAGGAAAUUCUGCUAGCUAAGAUGCAUGAAAUUGACAGAGAAACUCAACUCAAUAUAAGGGCUGCUUCUCAAGACUAUAACACAAACUCAGUGACAGUAUCUUACUCCUUGGACAAAAGUAAGGGACAGUACCAAUUCUCUGGGACAGCGGAGAAAUUACUUAAUGGUUUUCAGGAAUAUGACCAGCACAGUUCUGUUCUAAAAGGAGAAACCCGGAAACAGCAAGUUACACAGACCACGUACAGUGAUUUGACAUUUGGUAGCUAUGUGCCUUCCUUUGGGAAGGUGUCAGGAAGGCCAAGUUUGCUUAAUCAGAAAAAUGACUUCCUGGAUGAAUUCCCUAAGGAAGAUGUAAGUUUUGAUACGAAGAGGGACAGGAAAUCUAAUUUAAUGGAGCAGCUGUUUGGAAGUAGUGCCAAUACAAUUAGUCCAUCAAAGAGAACUGAUUUGGGUGCUUUCAGAGAGGACAGUGCUACAAACAAUGCUUUUCAGGGUAAAGGCACGAAAGUCCAAGAUGAGAGUCAUCUUUUCUUUGGUGAAACAAAAAGCUUUAAUUCCAAAAGGCACCGACUUCAACACACAACAAGUAAACCGGCUGUCAAGAUUCUUGAUUACUUGGAAGAUGAAGUUGAGGAAGUGCUAUUACAAUAAUUAUAUUCUGUAAAACUGCUCUAUAUGUAAAUAAUGCAUAUAUUUAAAAUAUUAUUUAUAGAUUUAUAAAUAUUUUGGCUAUUGUUGUAAAAUAGGAACUGACUGACAUGUGCAGGGAGAUGAAGAUAAAUGGUCUGAUGAGUGGUCAAGAACAGAACUUGCAGGUGAAUGUCCUGAGCAGUUAAAGGUGAUGAUAGUUAAAGGGAUAGUAAGGGCUACCUGAAGAGGGUUACGUUUCUGUAUGUCUUCAUUCUAUAAAUGGAAUUAGCUCUCAUUCUAAUUAGAAGCCAGGGUUUUCCAUGAGUCAUUUGACAUGUUCACACUUUAGCAGCACAAAUAUAACCAAGGAACAAAAAUGCUUCAGCAUGCCAGCAUUAAUAUAACUCUGUGUAUCACCACAGAAAGAAAUAGCCAAGAACAGUUAUGGGCAGGGCAGGGAGGAGCAGCUGUGAAGCAUCUUUCCUCCAUCACCCUCUUUUAAAUUGUUUCUCUUUGUACUAGGGCAAAGAUAGUUGUAUCGAUGCCUUGGGGACAGUUUCGUUUCUCCCUUCAAGGGCUAGAUCAAGCAUUUAGUCCUAGCUGGAGGACACCCAUCAAACUGAGGGGAUUUAUGUCAAUGUUGACUACACACAUCAGUGGAUGUACUCUAAUGGGAGUAACAACUGAAUUUCAUCUCCAGUGUGCUAAGUUGCUUGUGUAAGCAAGCCAGUGGAUGCUGGAAAAGACAGAAUUGCCCCUUCUUGGCCCCCUACUUAUCAUUGUAUGAUAGAUUGCAAUAGACUCACUCUUGCAACCUAAUUACUUUCUUGAGGAAAAUCAAAACCAUGAAGCCAUUUCAGUUUUAAUAGAAGUACAUCUGAAUACCACAUUCAGUAGAAUAGAAUGUAGAAGUUUCUAGGAGGGAGGUCCAGAUAAUUUCAUAAUUACUACACAUUUUCUGUUGAAGUGUUCCUGAGAAAAAGUGUGCUCUAUUCAAAGUCAUGUAAAUUGACCUAGCAUUUUCAAAAUUUGCCAUUAGCCAUAACACAGUUACCAUAUCGAUCCCAUUCAUAAGCCUGCUGUGUUGUAAACUGGUUGUAAAGCAUAGUCAGGGGCAUAGUCCAUUUAAUCUAGUGAGAUCCUUCAGCACAAUACCAGUGCUUAGAUAUUCCUAGGGAAUUGGGCCAAAUGUCUCUGUCCUAAAGUUAUAAAACUUUGAAUGAAACUUUAUGGAAUGUUUAACUGUUAAACACACAACAAAAUAAUAUUAGAACAAAUGUAUCUGAUGUGUAUUCAAUACUUUUCUCCCCUCAAAUGUCUCCUUGACUUCAUUUAGUGAAAUAAAUUAGAAGAUAUGUUACAUAAGCCUUCUAAAGAUCUGGCAAUAUGAUUGGUAAAUAUGUGCAUUUGGCCUUAUCACUAUUGCUGUUCUGGUCAGGUGUAAAGUAAGUUCAUACUGCUCGGUUUGAUAUGAAACUAUUUAAAAACAAGAGCAAAAGAAUGGUUUGGCAGCAGUCUAGACCUGUGCUUGUUGACUGAAGCAUGAGCUUUCUAACAUUAUGGCCAUUAUUAUCUUGGCUAUAGUUAAUUGUCUCAGCCUAGGAAAUAUAAUUUACAUGGAUUAGGUCCCUCUCAAGCUUUAAAAUCACAUGCACCAGAAUCUAUGUGUGGAAUUCCUUCCCUCUAAGGCUUUGAGAACUGUAGUUGCCUCAGACAUAUCAAGAGAGUGAGCCACUUAGUUCAGAAGCAGGGACCAUGAGGCUCACCAGUUGCUGUUGGGUCUUCAUCUCUCCUUGGCCCCUGUCAAUGUGGCCAAUGUGGAAAGUUUAUGAGCGCCUCUAGAAGGCUGUAUGUUCCUCACCCAGUGUAACAGGCAAUAAUUAGGAUGAUGCAGAGAUGGAAAACGUUAGGGUUUUUGGAUAACAACUAGAGAUGGGGAUAUUCAUAUUCAUAUACGAAUAUAAUUAUAGCCACCUGUGCAGGGUUACUCAUAUUGAUAUGCAAAUACAAAUACCCCCAUCUCUAAUAACAACAUCCAGAAUAUUGUAGUCAGCCUGGUCACUAGAGUUCUCACUUCCCCUCAAAAAAAUAAACAAUAAAAUUUCUUAUCUCCACAUAAGGUGGGUGGAGCAGGCCAUACACAGAUAAAAAUGAGAUGCCUCUCCCUUCCCACAGCUUCACUUUGUCAGAACCUGCACGCCUUAUCUCUUUGUGAAAACAAGGGACAUUGAAUAAUUGCUCAUAGAUUUCAGAAGAAUAUUGGAGUUCUACAGUGAUAGUUUAAAGGUAGUGGAAAGAAGGAAAACAUAGCUACUGCAGAGGCAAGUGCAGAAACAAUGCGGUGGUAGAGGCUUCCAUUUGCCUCAUGAUUGUCAUGCUCCAUUGGUUUUUGCCAGUUUUGGCUUAAAUCCAGUUGGCUAGUGUUGAUCCAGUGGGACCACUCUACUUGGAGUAGCAGUUGGAUUUAAGUCCUGUUUUAUUGAUUAACUUUGAGAUGUCAUCUUUGCUUGAAACAAGCUGUAAGUCCAGUCAGCUCCAACCCAUCCGAUAGUGUUGCCAAAUUCUUCAAAUUGCUAGUUUGACCUCCAGCCUCCUUGGAACUUUGGCAAAAGUCACGAUGGACUCUUAAGAAGACUCUCUGUAAUAUACUGACUACAGGAAAAGCUACUAUGGAGGUUCACUUUUGUAGUCUGUAAUAAACAGAAUUUUGUACAUGCAGGGUUGGGUUUAUCAAAAACUUGUAGAUACCAUCUUGGUGAUUGUUUCCAAAUGGUCUGCAAUAUCUAGUCAGAACUUUCUACAACUUUCUUUCAGCCAUGAGACAGUUUCUUGACACUGAAAUGUAGUACAUUUCUAAACCAAAUGUAAAGCAUUAACAUUUUCUCUUUUAAUAUAAAACAAAGAAUUUUAUGACUGUAAAGAAUAUGACUUUUAAAAGGAUUAUUUUAGGCCUAUUUAGUGACUAUUGUCUAUUACUAUAUGUAUUGAUUCAAAUAUAUAUUUAUUAUGCAAUGUUAAUUUGGUUUUAUAGCUUUCUAUUUUGUGUAAAAGCUCCACCUAGAACAGUACUCGAUUUUUAACAACAUGAUUUAUAUUAAAAUAUUUCUAUAAUGAA